AAAUCCCUGCCUUCCGUCACGAAUUCGGAUUGCGGGCCACUUCUCGGUCCUGUCCUGAUUGCAUAAUUCAUGAUGCCGGUGCCAGGUCAGAAAGUUGUCGUGGUCAGUGCAUCUGGGGUCUCUGGUUGGCCCAGGGCGGUCAGUCCACCAGUGAGGCUUCAGAGCCCACCCCGGCAGUCACAGGCAAGAUAUGUAUCUUCCCGUGCAACGUCCGAAUCUGCUUGGGGCGGCGCAAGGUCCAGAUCAUCUUCGCCUCAGGCGCCGGUCUUUAUCGCGCAUACUCAUCCAGGUGUUUGUAGCACACCCUGCCCUGUCACAGCCUACGCUCCAAAUUGGUGCAAGGGGUGCUCAGGUGGAUUUACUGCCGUGGCCUCACCACGGGUUGUGGUCAGCCCACGUGGCCUGCCCACACGGCAGCCAAUACAGGUGCCCUUUCAGGGACGAGCGGUCUACGCAUCUGCAGCUGUUCCGGCAGCAAGGCAGCACACUUUGCCGUCGCGAGUAGGGCGAGGUCCACUGGCCAACCAAAAAUGGCAUAUGGCCAGCGCGCCCGCAAUGCCGUUGGUGCAGCCGCGGCAGGAGGAGGUGGAUAGCGAGUACAGCCCGAGAGACUCUGUUUGGAAGAGGUAUUUCUGCAAUGGACAAAAAGGAGCUACCUCUCCCUCAUCACAAAAGCAGGCCAAAGUGUUUGGACUGCACGAACGCUCAGCAAAUGUGGAGAAGCCGGUCCAAGUGGAGGAAGUAAAGCUACGGUCGCCCCUCCAAGAGGAAAAUCAUGGCGUCGCUUUGGAUGACUGUGCACAAUCACAGCUGCUGGACACGAACACGCCUCUAGAUGCCAAAGCUGAGGAGGUGUCUCUUCGGACUCCAUUGAUCUCAGCUCAGACAUACACACAGGUUGCAGAAUGUCGCAGAGUACGUCUGAGCAGAUCCCAGAGUUUUUUCUGGCAGUCACGCAGUCUUCUUGGAGAGACGAGAGAUGACAAGAGCAGUGAAAAUUCCACGAUAUUCUACGAUGACUUUGCGAGAAGAUGUCAGAGAGUGUAUAUAAGUAAGAGAUAGUAAGAGUGUGGUCUAGGGAUUUCUCUCAUGAGAAGAUCUUAGCACAAAAAGUAGCCUAGACUGCCUGAGUUCCAUGCAAUGUGUACGAUAAAACAUGUUUGGAAACAAUUCACUGAUUCGGAGCAAAACAGAA